CUGUCUUAUCGAUUCCGGCUGAGCUCUGGAAUUGUUGACCUCAUUUCCCAACCUCUCUCCUGUUGAUCUUCUAAGACACUCACUAUUUAAUAACUUUGGGUAGACGCUGUUCAAACGAACCUUGGAACUUCGCACUCUGUUCAAACACCUUAGGUAGCUAGUCUGUCUACGAAUCGAAAGCCAUAUCAUAUUCAAUCAUGACUCGACACACGUCCGACUUCCUGCGCCAGCGCAGCUCUAACUUGUCUCUACGAAGCGUUGCUGCGGCGAAUUCCUUAAGCACCUCCCGAUUGUCGAGCUUUGCCAACCCUUCCGAUUUUGAGAAGAAGCCAGCUAUGACCGAUGCUGAAAAAGCAUUCAUCGUAGGCGACUUGGCUCGCUGCAAAUGUUUAACUCUUUGCGACUCCUGCUACCGAGACAUACCAGACCACCGUACCGAUUCAAUUGGCCUCCUGCUCAGGGACGACAGAAGCUCCUGUUCCGUGUGCCAAGUCAUGUUGACAAAGCCCGAAGCCUUCACCGACCCCUUCCUCAAGUUUAUGCAGGAGAAUCCUACCAUAUUUCAUGCCGUUGGUUAUUUCAAGGACAAGGCGACAUCCCUUGGCUACAAGGAGCUUCCUGCACGGGAGGAUUGGUCUGGCAAGCUCGAGGCUGGUGGCAAGUAUUUCGUGACGCGAAAUGGCACAUCCGUUAUUGGAUUUACGGUCGGAAAAGCAUACAAACCUGGUAACGGUGUAGCUAUGGUGGCUGGUCAUAUUGAUGCUUUGACCGCAAAGCUCAAGCCCGUCAGCAACAAACCAACCAAAGCUGGAUAUGUCCAGCUAGGUGUCGCACCCUAUGCUGGUGCUCUAAACGAAACUUGGUGGGACCGAGAUCUGAGCAUCGGAGGUAGAGUUAUUGUACGGGACGAGUCCGGCAAGACUUCAAGCAAGCUUGUUAAGCUUGACUGGCCCAUUGCCAAAAUACCCACGCUUGCGCCGCAUUUCGGUGUUGGUAUAAUGGGUCAGAACAACAAGGAAACCGAGGCAGUGCCAAUCAUUGGACUUGAUAAUUCUGACAUUUCAUCUUCGACAGCCACGCCGGCCCAGCCCCUCGGUCCGUCUGGGUCGUUUGCUUCCACCCAGCCACCGAGACUCGUCAAGAUCAUUUCAAAAGAGCUUGGAAUUGAAGACUACUCGCAAAUUGUGAAUUGGGAACUAGAGCUAUUUGAUCUUCAACCAGCAACAGUGGGCGGAUUGGACAAAGAGUUCAUCUUCGCUGGUAGGAUCGAUGAUAAGCUAUGCAGUUGGGCCGCAUUCGAGGGGCUCUUAGCCUCAGAAGCGAAUGACGAUGACGGAAUCAUAAAGCUGGUCGCGCUUUUCGACGACGAAGAAAUCGGUUCUCUACUACGCCAGGGUGCUAGGGGUAAUUUCUUACCAUCUGUUAUCGAGAGGACGGUUGAGUCGCUAUGCGGGGACAGCAAGGCGUUUGGCCCUGGUGUCCUGGGCCAGACGUACGCACAAUCGUUCCUCGUAUCGGCCGAUGUCACCCACGCCGUGAACCCCAACUUCCUAGGCCGUUAUCUAGAAGAUCACACUCCUCGGCUUAACGUUGGAAUUUCCAUCGCUGCGGAUAGCAACGGUCACAUGACUACGGAUUCGGUCUCGACCGCCAUCAUCAACAGAGUUUGUGAAUUAAGCGACUGCACGCCACAAGUUUUCCAGAUCCGAAACGACUCCCGCAGUGGUGGUACAGUCGGACCCAUGUUAAGCAGCGCGAUGGGUGUCAAAGCCAUCGACGCCGGAAUGGCCCAGCUCAGCAUGCAUUCUAUCCGUGCGACGUGCGGAUCAUUGGACCCCGGCUUGGGUGUUAAAUUCUUCAAGGGAUUCUUGGACAAGUGGGAGAAGGUAGAUGCUGAGUGGCAAUGAUCUUGUCAUGUUGCGAACUUGAAUUCAUCAUCUUCGAGGUGUACUAACAUGUAAUACGUAUGUAUGUUAAUAUCCGUCCGGUUGUCUCUAAGGAGCACGUUGAUUGGGUCUAUGGAUGCGCAGAGUUGCGCCCGUUCAGAGCUAGACGAGUUUCCAUGGAUAGAUACGAUGAUAAUACACAUUGAUGUAAUAUUCCAUGAUGGUGUAAGCAUCCAUAUCCACUAUUAAGUAUGGUGGCAAUCUGCAGGAACUAGAAGCCAUUCAGGGCACCAUCAUUAUCUUUUCACAUGUAAAUGCAGAGUGAUGCAACCAGGGGUCCCGCUGGGAGAGCUAUAAAGUUUUCGAUACCACGCUACUUCCCGGCGUCGAUCUAAGUCGGGUCCGCCGGGUGUUCUAAUUUUUCUCUCGGGAACUACUUCGCAUUAGAGCACGCGACCAUCGUGUGACCAUAUAUGAAUUCAAACGAAAAUGAUAAUUGCAUGCUGAUUUAUUGAAUCUUAAAUUGCCAUACAUAUUAGUAGUAAGUUAAUAAUGACUUGGAAGUAUUGGAGUGUCAGUGCCACAAGCGAGUCGAUGACGUGUUAUCCAACUAAGGAAAGCUGAAGAGACCAAGGAAUUGUAGACUAUCAUUGGCUCAUG